CAAGAGCAGCAUCAGAUUUACUUAGGUGCUGAAAACAGAGCAUUUCAUUUCAUUACUGACGGAUACAUCAUAUUCUUAUGUGUAGAAUAUCGUCAAGGUCCCUACCUAGGGUCGCCACACUUGAUUCUAAGCCAAAAGAAAAAAAGAAAAAGCAGAUAUUGCGAGAGAGCAUCAAAACUACAAAUUCUUUACAUGACCAAAUUAGUCAUUUUUUUGUCAUCAUGGAGGACAACAAGAUGUUUUAUGUUCUUUUUGCUUUAUUAUUGUGUCUUCAAGACCGGAUUUACGUCAAAGGCCAAGAGUGCAGACUAAUAGGAAAGUUUGAUCUUCAUGGAUUUCUGGAAUCAAAAAACCAUCAUCUUAUCAUCGGUGGUAUGUUCCCCUUUCAUUUCAGGACUAUACUUACAAAUGACACAUCAAUGGAAGAACCCAAGUCUCCUAAAUGUGAAGGGUUCAAUGCUCGCAGUUUGCGUUGGGCCCGAGCCAUGAUGUUUGCAAUUAACGAAAUAAAUCAACGCAUUGACAUUCUUCCAAGAAUAACGCUAGGAUAUCAGAUUUUCGAUACAUGUUUCACUAUUUCAAAAUCAGUCGAAGGCACACUGUCAUUUCUUACAGGACAAAAUGAAACCCAUCCGAAUUUCCGCUGUAGCGCUGGAGCUCCUCUUGCAGCUGUAAUUGGAGCUGGGGGAUCAGCUUUAUCUAUAGCAACCGCUAGAAUCCUUGGACUUUACUAUUUUCCUCAGGUGGGCUACGCUUCUUCCUGUUCUGUCCUCAGUGACAAAUUCCAGUUCCCGUCCUUUACUCGCACAAUACCCAGCGACAUAUACCAGUCCAAAGGCAUUGCUGAACUUGUCACAUAUUUUGGGUGGACCUGGGUGGGAACAAUCGCUGCAGAUGAUGAUUAUGGGAAGUACGGCAUAAAGCUAUUCAAAGAAGAAGUAGAAAGAAAUGGCGUUUGCAUAUCUUUUUCAGAGACACUCCCAAGAAUAUAUAACAAAGAAGCAAUAGAUAAAAUUGUGGGCGAAAUUAGGAAAUCCUCAGCUAACAUCAUCGUUAUCUUUUCCUCUGAUAUAGAUUUGAGUGCAUUAAUGGAUGCAUUAGCAGAAACAAACAUCACAGGCAAAACCUACAUAUCUAGCGAGGCCUGGACAACAUCAGCAUUGAUAGCAAAACCGAGUAAUUAUAAAUUUCUUUGGGGAACGGUUGGCUUUGCAGUUAGGAAAGCUUUAAUACCAUCUUUUGAAGAUUUCCUCCACGAGCUACACCCAGAAAACAGCACAGAUGACCUAGUAUAUGAAUUCUGGGAGGAAGCUUUCAAUUGUACCUGGCGAACAAAUAAAGCAGCAUUUUAUACCAACAUAAGCUCUGAAGCCAACUCAGCUGGAAGGAAAAGAAAAAUUUCGCCAGAGCUAUGCACUGGAAAAGAGAAUCUUAGAUCUAUACAGAAUACGUACACAGAUGUAUCUGAGUUACGGCUAACAUACAGUGUUUACAAGUCUGUGUAUACAAUUGCCAAUGCUUUGCAUGAUUUAGAUAUUUGUGUAAAAGGUCAUGGACCGUUUCCAAAUAAUGAAUGUGCAGACGUCCUUAACUUUGAGCCAUGGCAAUUGAUGUACUACUUGAAAAAUACAAAAUUCUCUGUCUUCUCUAAUGAAUCUCUAAAGUUUGAUGAGUUCGGUGAUGUAGACGGCUAUUAUGAUAUUUUAAACUGGCAGUGGGCUUCCAAUGAGUCCUUAGUAUUUUCAAAAAUUGGACGUUAUACUGCCACUGGUAGCGGAGCAACCUUUGAACUCAGGAUAGACAAUAGUUCAAUAAUCUGGAAUACCCCAACUGGACUGCCUCCUCGUUCUGUGUGCAGUGAAAGUUGUAUUCCUGGGACACGAAAAGGCAUCAGACAAGGGGAGCCGGUGUGUUGCUUUGACUGUAUCGCAUGUGCAGAUGGUGAAAUAACCAACGAGACAGAUGCAAGAGAAUGCAUUGCCUGUCCAUCGGACUUCUGGUCAAAUUCCCACAAGAAUGAAUGUGUAUUGAAGGAAGUGGAAUUUCUUGCCACUGACGAGGCAUUGGGGAUCACAUUAGUAUUCCUGGCUGUAUUUGGAGCAUCCCUCGUCAUUGCCUUUACAGUUAUCUAUGUGAUGUACAGAGAAACCGCUUUAGUCAAGGCAAACGAUCGUUCCUUAAGCUUUGUCAUCCAGAUAUCCCUGGUUUGUACUUUUAUGACUUCCAUUCUGUUUGUUGGCAAACCUGAAGAAUGGUCCUGUAUGGCACGCCAAACUACUCUUGCCUUGGGAUUUUCCCUCUGCUUGUCCUGUAUUCUCGGAAAAACUAUUGUUUUGAUGCUAGCUAAAAGGGCAGCAAAAUCUAAAGUUGCUGAUAAAACUAAACAAAUAACUAUGAAACCUCUCUAUCAAAAAAUAGUUGCUGUUAUUGGAUUGACUAUUGAAGUUGGAAUAUGCAUAGCCUAUUUAAUUAUAUACCCCCCUUGGGUCUAUAAAAAUAUGGAAUCCCAAAAUGUCAAAAUCAUUCUGGAGUGUAAUGAAGGCUCAAUUGAAUUUCUGUGUUCCAUGUUCGGGUUUGAUGUUUUCCUUGCUAUACUAUGUUUUAUAACUGCUUUUGUAGCCCGUAAACUUCCAGAUAACUUCAAUGAGGCCAAAUUUAUAACUUUUGGAAUGUUGGUCUUCUUCAUUGUUUGGAUAUCUUUUGUCCCAGCAUACCUAAGCACAAGAGGGAAAUUUAAAGUGGCCGUAGAAAUCUUUGCUAUUUUAGCAUCAAGUUUUGGGUUACUUGGUUGUAUCUUUGUCCCAAAGGGAUAUAUCAUUUUACUGAAACCGGAAAGAAACACAGAAGAGAUUGUUGGAGGCAGGCAGGCUACUAAUGAUAAAAGUGCACCAGCGACGUCAGCCUCCAUUACCAGUGAGAUUAACAAUACAACAAUAUCCACUGUUGUGCUUGAUGAUUAAAUGCCAACGUAUAUUCACUUUCUUUUAACCACAACCCUUUUCUCGUACUGCUGUGGCACAAAUAUCGCAUGUUAAUCUUUACUGUUCAUAAAAUGUUGCACAGGUUUGGCAUUGGUAUAGUAUUUUGUGUGUAUAAUUCAAUUUCUGAGGAGAAAGUGCAAUAAUUUUAUUUUAAUUAACAAUAAAAAAACAAAACAAAAUAUCCAUUCAAAAUUGUAACCAGACAAGAUGGCACUAUACCUAAUU